AUGGUAUGCAGCAGUCAUCUCAGGACAGUGAUUCUGCAAGCUGGGAAUAUUCAGAAAGUUGCGGAAGGAUUGGUGCAGUUUGCAAAUUUCAAAAGCAGCCUGAAGACUCUUCCUGCAGCAACUUUUUCCUCUGUUAAAAUAUUUCCAUCUAUUAGGAAAAUGAUGGUGGAUAAUAGCGCAUCGGCUAACCGUGGUCUGAUUACUGACACUUCACCUGAGAAGGAUAACUAUGGUGGCUAUGCAAGUGGAGGAUGGAAGAGUGAAGAUGGAAAAUUGAGCUGUGGUUAUUCAAGUUUCAGAGGUAAAAGAGUUAGCAUGGAGGAUUUCUAUGAUGUCAAGACUUGCAAGAUCAAUGGGCAGACGGUCUGCCUAUUUGGGAUAUUUGAUGGUGAAACCUAUCAACAGACCGACUCAGACUUCUUGGAGUCUGGAAAGGAUACCUUCCGUGAUGAUGGUUCUACUGCUUCAACAGCUGUUUUGGUAGGUAAUCAUCUGUAUGUUGCUAAUGUUGGAGAUUCUCGGACUGUCUUGUCGAAGGCAGGCAAAGCUAUCCCUCUUUCUGACGAUCACAAACCAAAUAGAAGCGAUGAGAGGAAGAGAAUUGAAAGUGCUGGUGGCGUUGUGAUGUGGGCAGGCACUUGGAGGGUUGGAGGUGUUUUAGCAAUGUCUCGUGCUUUUGGAAACCGUAUGCUGAAGCAAUUUGUUGUGGCAGAACCUGAAAUUCAGGAACAAGAACUUGAUGAAGAAUUUGAAUUGCUUGUUCUUGCAAGUGAUGGUCUUUGGGAUGUUGUACCAAACGAGGAUGCUGUUUCACUGGCACUGUUGGAAGAGGAACCUGAGUCGGCUGCGAGGAAGUUGAUAGAGACUGCUUUUAGCCGUGGAAGUGCUGAUAAUAUCACCUGCAUUGUAGUGAGGCUUUACCAUCAUGAAUCUUCAGCAGCAACUGCACCUGAAUUCAAACCACAACCACCCAAAAGCCAAUCCGAAACUGAAACCCAAAUCCAACCAGAAAAUGAACUCGAAACCGAGACUGAAAUUGAAAGUGAAAGUGAAAGCAGAAGCGAAGAAACGAAGACGGAUGAAUGA